GUAGAAUGAUAAAUCUUAUCAAGCAGUGAGACCAAUAUCAAAGUGGAAUGUCCCCACGUCAGAAAUUUGAUAAUGGGGGCUGUUUGACAUAAAUAAUUAAUUAUUCACGCGUUUGUAGUUUUAGUAAAAAUUGGUGCAGUUAAUUGUUGUAUUUGUUACAUGUUUAUAUAUUUGAGAUAGGUGUGUAACAAUCACGUGGUUUGCGCGGUCACAUCAUUUGUGGUGCUUUAAUUAUAUUUUAUUUACGUGUGAUGUGAUCUGAUCACGACAAUUCACAACAAUGGCUCUUUUAAAUUUAGGGGAGGAUCCCUGGUUGGUUGAAUAUGAAUCCUGUGAGAAAUUGUACAGAGAUAUCAUGGAACAGCUAAUGCAGCGUCAGAAGCUUCCCAGAACCAGUGAUAAGUAUUCCCAUCUGUCUGCAACAAUUCGUUUGAGACUAAAACAAUACAAUAACGAAGUUGGACAAUUAAAGCAAAAAUUAGACAUAACAACCAGAAGGGAUUCAAUCACUGCGGCUGAGUCUGAACGAAGGACAAGACAGUUAGAAAUCUUACACUCAAAUGCGAUAAAAAUGCAAAAUUUGUUCGAAAACCAAGCGUCAAGUAAAGCGCAAGAGGAUAGAAGGAGGCUCAUGGGAGAGGCAGGGGCUUCUGCUUGGGGGGAUAGUCACAGUAGCGAUGAAUUAUCCAACUAUUCAGUUGAACAGUUAAAGGCAGAUCAAAAAAGGAUGCUGGGAGAACAAGAACAAGGACUCGAUAAUUUGGCCCAAAUAAUAUCGCGACAGAAAAAUAUCGCUCACACGAUUUCAAACGAAGUAGACUUACACAAUGAAAUAUUGGAUGACUUGGGGACCCAAAUCGAUCGAACCGACACCAGAGUUAGAACUGAAACGCAGCACAUUUCAGUGGUCGAAACCAAAGAUAAAACUUGCGUUUAUUGGGUUGUUAUUAUUUUAUUAUUUAUAAGUAUAAUCGUGGUUGCAGCAAUUUGACGCUUGAACACAAUUUUUUUACAAUGUGAUUUAUAUUUUAUUAAACAAAUAAACAAAUACAUAUUCUAA